AUGCCCGCCACCGACCGCGAGAUCCUGCGCGCCUACCGCCACCUCUACUCCUGGGGUCUCCGCGCCGUGCAGUACUCGAAGCCCGCCCGCUUCACCCUUCGCGACCGGCUGCGACGCAUCUUCCGCACAAACGACCGCGCCGCUUUCGACCAGCGCCGCAUUGACAACACCCUGGAAUUCCUCCGCGGCGCAACACGAGAGAGGGGUCUUGAGCAUCGCCUCGUCAAGCGCUUGAUCCAUGUGUGGUGGCUCGAGGAUUGCUGGAAAAGCAACACCCGAUACUUGAACACCUGGAAAUCCGGCAGAAGGAGGGAUGAGAUCAGGAUUGCGAGGACGCUCUAUGACCCUUUUAACCACAAAAUACGCAUGUUGAACGAGACCAUGGGUAUGUGCAUCCAGUAG